AUGAGUUUCAGCCAUAUCUUGCCAUUCCUGCUUGCCAUUCAUGAGAUCAAUCAGCGUCCUAGGCUGCUCCACAAUUUCACCCUGGGCUACAGCCUCUAUGAGAACUUCUUCAGUGCAAGAAUGACAUAUGAAGCCAUGCUGGACUUGCUAUCAACGGGGCAGGAGAAUGUCCCAAACUACAGAUGUGGGAGACCAAAACAUCUGUUGACAGUGCUUGAAGGAACUGAUUCCGAGCUCUUUCAUCAAGUGACAACCAUGCUGGGCAUCUACAAAAUCCCACAGAUCAACUAUGGGGUCAUCAGCCAUAUUCCUGAGCAGACACAGCAUUUCCCUUUCUUCUACCAGCUGAGUCCAAAACAAGAGCCUCCUCACUUGGCGAUUGUCAAACUGCUCCUGCAUUUCCGAUGGACGUGGAUCGGCCUUGUUGUUCCGGACACUGAAAGUGGAGAAAGGUUCAGGAGUUCCUUUGUGCCUGUGGCCCUCAAGAAAGGGGGGCUUUCUGUAACACUAGUCAACUUCAGCUUCCUGCCGAGGUACCAGGUCUUCCCCUCAUAUACAGUACCAGGAGAUCCUAAUCUGAAAACACAGAAGAAGGACAUUUCUGCAAAGCUUAACCGCUGCAAAGGUGAAAUGCUUCAUCCUUUUCUAAGAAACGUCCAGCUUUACAAUCUUACUGAGGAUGACGUUUAUUUGGAUGAGAAUGGAGAUCCUGCUGCUGAUUUUGAUAUCAUGGAGUGGGCAGUAUUUCCCAACAAGUCUGCCGCUCGGGUGACAAUUGGAAAGAUCGAAAGAGAGGCCUCUUCAGAAGUCAAGAUCUCCGUCAAUCAGAGUGCCAUCAUAUGGCCAACGUCAUUUAACCAGGUAGUGCCUUUCUCGAGGUGCACUGAAAGUUGUCUCCCAGGAUACACCAAGCUCACAAGAGAGGGAGCCCCAGUUUGCUGCUACGACUGUUCUCCAUGUAUGGAAGGAACCAUCUCCAUGCAGGAAGAUGCGGCCCAUUGUGAAAAGUGUCCUGAUGACCAGCAUUCCAAUGAGAAGCGAGAUCACUGUCUCCCCAAAGUUAUAAGCUUCCUCUCCUAUCAAGAAAAGUUGGGUCUCAUGCUGGCUCUCAUUGCUUCUUUUUUGUCUCUAAUCACUGGCUUUGUCCUAGGACUCUUCAUUAAAUACCAAGAAACCCCCAUUGUCAAAGCCAACAACCGGGACCUCACCUACAUUCUCCUGGUUUCUCUUCUCCUUUCCUUCUUGACCUCCUUUCUAUUCAUUGGACAACCCAAGACAGUGACCUGCCUUCUUCGACAAACUGCCUUCAGUGUUGUUUUCUCGGUUGCCGUGUCUUCCUUGCUGGCCAAGACCGUCAUGGUGGUGGUGGCCUUCCUGGCCACCAAGCCAGGCAGCAGGAUGAGCAAAUGGCUGGGGAAGAGUCUGGCUAAUUCCAUUGUCUUGUCCUGCUCUGGUGUUCAGAUGGGCAUCUGUAUGUUAUGGCUGGGAAUCUCUCCCCCAUUUCCAGAGUCCAAUCUUCAUUCCCAACCAGGACAGAUCCUGCUGCAAUGCAAUGAAGGCUCAAUCACCAUGUUCUAUACUGCCCUGGGCUACAUGGGCUUUCUGGCUGCCAUCUGCUUCUUGCUGGCUUUUCUAGCCCGCAAACUUCCAGGGUCCUUCAACGAAGCCAAGUUGAUCACCUUCAGCAUGUUGGUCUUCUGCAGCGUUUGGGUCUCCUUUAUCCCCACCUACCUCAGCACCAAAGGGAAAUACAUGGUAGCUGUGCAAAUCUUCUCUAUUCUGGCCUCCAGCCUGGGCUUACUGAGCUGCAUUUUUGUCCCCAAAUGCUACAUCAUUAUUCUCAGACCUGACUUGAAUGUGAAGGAGCAUCUGAUGAGGAAAACUGAUGAGACCUUUUAA